CGAAUAUUCCUAUUGGAAUAGUCUUAUCAGUUUACUCCGAAGCUCUUUCUCACAGAUACGCAAAUCUUUCGUAACGAAAAGUUUUCCAGAUUUUCAAAUAAACUGCAAAGCAACAUUACAACUAACUUGCUUCCACUAUCAGUAUGGCAACCAUAGCCCCAAUCACGAAGAUAUCCCCCAGAUUGAUUCGGAUACUGGGCUGCAACCCGGGACCCAUGACCCUGCAGGGUACCAACACCUACAUCAUCGGUACCGGAAAGCGUCGCAUUCUAUUGGACGCAGGCGAUGAAAACGUCCCCGAGUACAUAGGACACCUGAAGAAGGUGAUAUCCGAUGAGCGGAUUUUGAUUAAUGAUAUCAUCGUGUCACACUGGCAUCACGACCACAUCGGAGGAGUGGACGAGGUGCUAGAUAUCAUCGAGAAUAAAGAUUCCUGCAAGGUUUGGAAAUUCCCCAGGGCCGAUGCUCCGGACGGUACCAUACGGAACGCCAACAUCAACCACCUGAAGCACGGUCAAAAGUUCAACAUAGAAGGAGCGACACUAGAAGUGCUGCACACCCCGGGUCACACCACAGACCAUGUCGUAUUGGUGUUGCACGAAGACAACUCGCUUUUCAGUGCAGACUGUAUCCUGGGCGAGGGAAGCACGGUCUUCGAAGACCUGUACGAGUACACGAAGAGCUUGCAGGCCAUUCAGGAUGCGAAACCAUCGGUUAUCUAUCCCGGUCACGGUAACAUUAUUCUGGAUCCGGUGGAACGCAUCGCCCAGUACAUUAGUCACCGCAAUCAACGGGAGUCGCAAAUCAUGUCGGUAUUCGAACAACAACCAAGCACUCUGUUCGACGAGAUGGACCUCGUUAAGGAAAUCUAUAAGGAUACCCCGGAACACCUGUGGAAAGCAGCAGCCUACAACGUUAGUCAUCAUUUGCGGAAGCUUCACAUUGAAAAGAAAAUUACUCAAGAUGGUGACAGGUGGAAGCUGGUUCCGCAAGCGUCACUCUAACAAUGAUUUAUCUGAAACAUUAGUUGUUAUGUGGUUGUAUUAUUUUGUUGCUGGUAUAAUGUAGAACCUUUGAUGAGCUUAAAUAUAUACAAUUUCAGUUUA